AUACCCGCGACGGAAGGACCUGUUUCAACAGCCCCUGCUGAGGUCGGCGGCCGGGGGGGGAGGUAAGGGGCUCAGAGAGGCAAACGUUCCCGCCCGGAGCCAAGUUCCCCGCUGCUCUCGCGGGCCACCUCGUUUUCCUUCCCCCACUGGCCGCGACUCGGAGGGUUCCGUUCCGCGGCGGAGGCGCGGCCGGGGACUGGGCUGCGAGUGGGCUGCGGCAGGCGGGUCGGAUAGAGUUCGCGGCCGGCGCCGAGGCCCUCUCACGACAGCCCGAAGACAAAAAAGGCUCGGCGGGGGCAUCGUCGCCCCACGCCCGGAACCCAGUUCCCCGCUUCUCCCGCGAGGCCGCCAGAGACCCGCGAGCGUCGGGAGCGCUACGGGCCUGGUCAAGGCGGGGCAGCCAUAGCGCCAGCCCCUGUCUCCGCCUCCGCGCCUUUCAGCAGUAAGAAACACUAGUUGGCUUGCUUUCCAAUCAUAGUUUGGUUCUGUCAUUUUAAAAAGUCCCUACCUCGUAACGCCGGGCUCCAUCUCGAGAACUGACCGAGGCUGUGAGUGCUUGGGAACCGGGCCCGCUCGGCGGCCGCAGCCCGGGCGUCCCACCUCCUUGCAGCCGGUCGGACGCCGAGGCCCCGGAGCAACGUGGAGAUGAGGAGCAGGAGCAAUUCCGGGGUCCGCUUAGACGGAUACGCGCGGCUGGUGCAGCAAACAAUCCUGUGUUACCAGAACCCUGUCACGGGGCUGUUGUCAGCCAGUCAUGAGCAGAAGGACGCGUGGGUGCGGGAUAACAUCUACAGCAUCCUGGCCGUGUGGGGCCUGGGCAUGGCCUACCGCAAGAAUGCUGACCGCGAUGAGGACAAGGCCAAGGCCUACGAGUUGGAGCAGAAUGUGGUGAAACUGAUGCGGGGUCUUCUCCAGUGCAUGAUGAGACAGGUGAAUAAAGUGGAGAGGUUCAAGCACACUCAGAGUACCAAGGACAGCCUGCAUGCCAAGUACGACACUGCCACCUGCAGCACCGUGGUGGGCGACGACCAGUGGGGCCACCUCCAGGUGGAUGCCACCUCCCUCUUCCUCCUGUUUCUGGCCCAGAUGACUGCCUCAGGCUUACAUAUUAUUUUCACUCUUGACGAGGUGGCCUUCAUACAGAAUCUUGUUUUUUACAUAGAAGCUGCAUAUAAAGUCGCUGAUUAUGGAAUGUGGGAACGUGGAGAUAAGACCAAUCAGGGCAUUCCAGAACUGAAUGCAAGCUCUGUAGGAAUGGCCAAGGCAGCCCUAGAGGCAAUUGACGAACUGGACCUUUUUGGAGCCCAUGGAGGUCGCAAGUCCGUGAUCCACGUUCUGCCCGAUGAGGUCGAACACUGCCAGUCUAUUCUGUUCUCCAUGCUGCCAAGAGCAUCGACAUCUAAAGAGAUUGAUGCUGGGCUUCUUUCCAUCAUUUCUUUCCCGGCCUUUGCAGUGGAAGAUGUGAACCUUGUGAAUGUGACCAAAAAUGAAAUUAUUUCCAAGCUCCAGGGGCGUUAUGGAUGCUGUCGCUUCCUUCGAGAUGGUUAUAAAACCCCAAGAGAGGACCCAAACCGAUUGCAUUAUGACCCUGCUGAACUCAAGCUCUUUGAAAACAUUGAAUGUGAAUGGCCUGUGUUCUGGACUUAUUUCAUAAUAGAUGGGGUCUUCAGCGGUGAUGCUGUUCAGGUCCAAGAAUACCGAGAGGCCCUGGAGGGAAUAUUAAUCAGAGGCAAGAACGGGAUCCACCUGGUGCCUGAACUCUACGCUGUCCCGCCUAACAAGGUAGAUGAAGAGUAUAAGAAUCCUCACACGGUGGACAGAGUUCCUCUGGGGAAGGUGCCCCAUCUGUGGGGUCAGUCCUUGUACAUCCUCAGCUCCCUGUUGGCAGAGGGAUUCCUUGCCACUGGUGAAAUUGAUCCCUUAAAUAGAAGAUUUUCCACUUCCGUCAAACCUGAUGUCGUAGUACAAGUGACUGUUCUGGCAGAAAACAACCACAUUAAGGAGGUGCUGAGGAAGCACGGGGUGAGCAUCCAGAGUAUUGCCGACAUUCACCCAAUCCGAGUCCAGCCAGGCCGGAUUCUUAGUCACAUAUAUGCCAAGCUUGGACGGAAUAAGAAUAUGAAAUUGAGUGGGCGACCAUAUCGGCACAUCGGUGUCCUUGGAACAUCUAAACUCUAUGUGAUUAGGAACCAAAUCUUUACUUUCACACCCCAGUUCACUGACCAGCAUCACUUCUACCUGGCCCUGGACAAUGAGAUGAUCGUGGAGAUGCUGAGGAUCGAGCUAGCCUACCUGUGCACCUGCUGGCGGAUGACGGGCAGACCCACGCUCACCUUCCCCAUCACCCACACCAUGCUCACAAACGAUGGCUCAGAUAUUCAUUCUGCUGUUCUUUCUACAAUUCGAAAACUAGAGGAUGGAUAUUUUGGAGGAGCUAGAGUAAAAUUAGGGAGUCUUUCGGAAUUUCUCACCACCUCUUUCUACACGUAUUUGACCUUCCUGGAUCCAGACUGUGAUGAGAAGUUGUUUGACGAUACCAGUGAAGGGAGCUUCAGUCCUGAUAGUGAUUCAGAUUUGGGAGGAUAUUUGGAAGACACCUAUAAUCAAGAAAGCCAGGAUGAACUUGACCAGUAUAUCAACCACCUCCUGCAAAGCACAUCCUCGAAGUGCUAUCUGCCACCUCUUUGUAAGAAGACAGAGGACAGCCAUGUUUUCAGUGCCAUCUACUCCACUCGGGAUAUACUUUCCGUGAUGGCAAAAGCAAAGGGUUUGGAAAUUCCAUUUGUUCCCAUGGCUUUGCCAACUAAAGUUUUAAGUGCCCACCGUAAAUCGCUGAAUCUUGUUGAUUCUCCUCAGCCACUCCUAAAAAAGGCCCCCGAAGAUGACUUCCGGUUUCCCAGAGAUGACCACGGCAACAUAGACUGUGAGAAGCUGGCUGAGCAGCUAAAAGAUUGUUCGAACCUACAGGACCAAGCGGACAUUCUGUACAUCCUGUAUGUAAUAAAGGGUCCUGGCUGGGACACAAAUCUCUCUCGACAACAUGGGGUCACUGUUCACAACCUCCUCAGCGAGCUCUAUGGCAAAGCUGGCUUGAACCAGGAGUGGGGUCUGAUCCGCUACAUCUCUGGCCUGCUCAAGAAGAAAGUGGAGGUCCUGGCUGAGGCCUGCACGGACCUGCUGUCGCACCAGAAGCAGCUCACGGUGGGCCUGCCGCCAGAGCCCCGGGAGAAGACCAUCUCUGCGCCUCUUCCCCCCGAGGAGCUCACAGAACUCAUCUACGAAGCCAGCGGGCAGGACAUCAGCAUCGCCGUCCUCACACAGGAGAUUGUGGUUUACCUGGCAAUGUAUGUCAGGGCACAGCCCAGCCUCUUCGUGGAGAUGCUCCGGCUCCGGAUUGGACUCAUCAUUCAGGUGAUGGCCACGGAGCUGGCGCGGAGCCUGAACUGUUCAGGAGAAGAAGCUUCUGAAAGUUUGAUGAACCUCAGCCCUUUCGAUAUGAAGAAUCUCCUACACCAUAUUUUAAGUGGAAAAGAGUUUGGUGUUGAAAGAAGCGUGCGGCCUAUCCAUUCCUCCACAUCCAGCCCUGCCAUCUCCAUCCAUGAGGUGGGACAUACUGGAGUCACCAAAACCGAGAGGAGUGGCAUCAACAGGCUGAGGAGUGAGAUGAAACAGAUGACUAGGCGAUUUAGUGCCGAUGAACAGCUCUUUUCUGUGAGCCAGGCCCCAUCCGGCAGCGCCCGCUCCUCCGAGUCUGUGAAUGCCCCCCGCUUGGCUUGAGGCCCCAGAUGAGAUGGAGGACUAGGAACUGUUCUAAUUGCAGAGGCGAGUCUGAAUCUUCCUCCCGAAACUAGAAGCAGAAAACCAGCUGAGUCAUCGAUGAGUGUGGCUGUAAUUACUUUUAUUUGUAUCUAAUUGUUGCCAUAUUUAAAUGGCAGUCAUGAGCCCAAUGGAAUAACCCAGCCUAACUAACAGCCUUUUCAAAAUAAGAUCCGAUGAAGUCACAGUGUGCGCUCCAAGAAGACUCCUGCCCUGCUAGCCUGCUUAACAUUGGGAUUUCAUUUUUAAUCCUUUAAAUUUGAUGUGGCGCACUGAGAAAUGAAAGCGCCGGAUAGUCCAGAACAAAGAUAAUGGGUAAGGAUGCAGGUUAUCUCUUCCCCGACCCAGAGGCCAAGGGGUGAGAAUCCAUCCACGGGAAGAAAGCAGGCGUGAGCUUUGCCGCAGGGAGGUCGGCGCUGAGGGAACCGCUUUCAGGCCUGGUCUCAGGCCCCACCGGGAGCCUCUCAGAGCUGCCUCCGCAGUCGUGGGCGGGCCUGCGGCUCCCGAGGCAGAAGCAGAACUGCUGGCCCUGCCCCAGUGCUUCCCUCGCGGAGGCCGGAAUAAAUCCAGCCUCGGGGAGGAGGUGGGAAGGAGGUGAUAGCCCUCCUGCUUCAGCAAAGGCUCCCGGCUCAGAGGCAGUCAUCGCCCCAAAUUAGGCUAAAGCGCCGUGCUGAGAACAGGCAAAGUGGAAAGCGAUUGGAAAGGAAGGUGGAAAUACCAUAGUCGCUGAGACCCCUCCACAAACGUGGGUUCCGGCCUUCCCUCCUUCCAGGGCUCCAGAGCCUUGCCCUGCGCUGUGUUGUGUUCUCGUGGCGGCUGCACCGCAGGGGAGUGACUGCCACUGUCCACGGCACCGCAGGAGGGAAGCGGCCACUGUGGCCGUGGUCUCCGUGGGCUGCGGCGCCCGGGGAGUCGCCUCCUCCAGGUCCGGGGCCUCCCCCAGCCCUCCAGCAGCAGUGCCUGCUGACCCCACUGCCGGGCGCACUCCCAGGGUUUCCCACAUCUGCACUCGGGGUGCGCACCUGUGCCCCGCUGCUCAGAUGAGGCUGAGGGCGCUCGCGGCGUGUCAGAGACUAGAGCAGCCGGUGUGGCGUGGGGAUUCGCAGCCCCCCCCAGACCCCGCCCCCUGACCUGCUCGGCCUCUCCGUUGGGUCGGGGGCCUCUGAUGCUGUACUACCUCUUGGGGGCUGGAAGAGUGCACGGAAGGAGCUUAGUAAACGAACCGGGGCAGGAAGGAGUGAACCCAGCUGGUGGCGGUGACUAGUGUUUACGGAGCUGCCCUCUCGGUGACCAGCACUGCCGUGGGGUGCCGGCUGUGAGGCUUCUGAAGGCCGCGCCUU